GCGUAUGUUGCAUCUUUAAAUGCUUCGGAUAGUAAGCUAGGCCAUGUGUGAGAUGACAGCUAGUGCUGUGGGGUGUUGUGAGAUCUGAUCUGGAUAACCUCUGUAGAGGCUGUAACAUCGUGGGCUAUGGAGGAUCCGAUUUGGAGUGCGAGAGGUCAACCAAUUAAAUCGGAUACAGACCCGAGCGUUUCGCCUGAUGUGUCUUUGGUGAAAAGCAAGGACCAUCAGCACAAGGUGUUUGUUAAUAGGAGUGUAACUUUGGAGAACAUCAAAUGCUAUGGCUUUGAUAUGGACUACACUCUGGCAGCUUACAAGUCUCCUGACUAUGAGAGCCUGGGCUUUGAGCUUCUCAGAGACAGACUGGUGUCUAUAGGUUAUCCCCAUGAGCUGCUACGUUACAGCUAUGACCCUACCUUCCCCACACGUGGCCUGGUGUUUGACACAAUGUUUGGUAACUUGCUAAAGGUGGACUCCAAUGGAAACAUUAUGCUGUGCACUCAUGGAUUCACCUUUCUAAAAAAGGAAAAGAUCCAGGAAUACUACCCCAACAACUUCAUUCAGAAAAGCGACACGGACCGCUUCUAUAUCCUCAACACUCUUUUCAACCUCUCAGAGACAUAUCUAUAUGGCUGCCUUGUGGACCUCUUCAAUGGUUGCAGCAGAUACGUAAACUGCCAGAAAGGUUACAAAUAUGGUGACUUGUUCACGUCCUUCAGAAGCAUGUUCCAGGAUGUUCGAGACGCAAUGGACUACGUUCAUGAGUCGGGCAGUCUGAAGGAAAGAACACUGAAGAAUCUGGAUAAAUAUGUCAUUAGGGAUCCAAAUUUGCCAGUUCUCCUGACUCGCAUUAAGCAAGUGUCCAAGGUUUUCCUGGCGACCAACAGUGACUACACCUACACUGAGGCUAUCAUGAAAUACCUUCUUGAAACUCCACCUUGUACCAAGAGGCCAAAGACACAGUGGCGUGCAUACUUUGACCUUGUCGUUGUGGAUACAAGGAAGCCACUAUUUUUCGCUGAGGGAACUGUGUUGAGACAGGUGGACACGAACACAGGGAAGCUACGCAUUGGAACCUACACAGGAGACCUCCAGCAUGGAACUGUCUACUCUGGUGGUUCCUCAGACAUUGUGUGUGACCUGCUGGAUGUGAAGGGGAAGGAUAUUCUCUAUGUGGGAGACCACAUCUUUGGAGACAUCCUUAAGUCUAAGAAGAGGCAAGGAUGGAAGACCUUCAUGGUGGUGCCAGAGUUGUCCAGGGAGCUACAGGUGUGGAAAGACAUGAGAUAUCUCUUUGAGGAGCUGAAGCGUCUUGAUGUGUUUUUAGCUGAGUUGUACACGCACCUGGACAGUAGUUCUCCAGAAUGCCCAGAAAUCCAUGCCAUCCAGACCAGGAUGAAGAUGGUGACCUAUAGAAUGGAUAUGUCCUAUGGGAAGAUGGGCAGCCUGCUGCGAAGUGGCAGCAGACAGACUCUGUUUGCCAGCCAGCUCAUGCGUUACGCUGACCUAUACUCUUCAAACUGCAUCAACCUGCUUUACUACCCAUUCAGCUACCUGUUCAGAGCCACCCCUACCUUGAUGCCCCACGAGACUGCGGACCAUCAGUCCUUUGACAUCCCCACACCUGACUUCUUUGCUCUGGAUCAGGUCCGUAGAAUGGCUGAAGGCAAGAACACGAUUGAACAGGGUGACACACAGGAUCUAAAAGAGAUGUGAGGAUGUGUUUACCAAAACAGUUCUGUUUUGACAUGUCUACCAAUUAGGGGUUGUGUGUUUCUUAUUUUUUACUGCUAAUUGACUACAAAAUGUAUAAGACGAUGUAUAGCGCCACCUGCUGGAAGACAGUUAAAUAACUUGUCUUCCAUCUAUCAGACCCACAUUUAUCCAACAUGUGCAUUGUAUAAAGCAGGGGAAAAUACCACUUGGACACUGGAGAUGGGACAAUAAACCGAAAAUGAUUUACAUAAUUCAUUGCAAUUAGUCGCCUAUACUAGAGAAAUGCUAUGUUUUAAAAACGUUUACUGUUUAUCUGUUUGAUUGUCAAUGAGAGAACUGAACAACCAUCAAACUAGACACUGGAGAAGGAUAAAGGAUUUCCCUCCAGUAUCUCUGAGCUAAUAGAUGCAGAUUUGAAGGGUAUUGUUAUAUUUGUUUUUAUUUAUUUGUUUUUAUUUUUGUCUAUCUAUUUGGCUACAUUACUUACAAGCAUUUAUACAAUGCCAUUACUUUUAUACAUUUAUACAAUUCGAUUUCUGGGUAAAUGUGAAUUAACUUUUGAGCAUGUAAACCGAAACAAGCACAUUGCCUAUUUCUGAAAUAUCAAGUUUUCGUAGUGAAUUAUAAUGCAGGCUUGCUUAUACAGCCAAUGUUCAAUAAAGACGUAGGCAUGCGUAUGUAGGGGUUACGUGAUCAAAGCUCAGUGGAUUUGUGUAAGUGAUGACAUGAAUAAGUGACAAAACUUUCUCAUUCUUUCUCUUGUGUUGUCUUCAAAGCAUCCCAUAUUAUAUUUAGAAGCCUACCCGUGCCUUUGUAAUUAGUUGUUUAUUAAAGAUGUAUUAAAUACGCUAAAAGUC